AUGGAUCAGGUAAUGCAGUUCGUUGAGCCAAGUCGGCAGUUUGUGAAGGACUCGAUUCGGCUGGUUAAAAGAUGCACCAAACCUGAUAGAAAAGAAUUCCAGAAGAUUGCCAUGGCAACAGCAAUAGGAUUUGCUAUAAUGGGAUUCAUUGGCUUUUUUGUGAAAUUGAUCCAUAUUCCUAUUAAUAACAUCAUUGUUGGUGGCUGAGUACCUUUUUAGAAAAGUGUUUUUCAUCUUGGGGAUUGGUGAACAAGUGAGGAUU